AUGCCCGGUCGGAACCCCGACGGAUCCUACGGCGCGCGCCCCGACUCCACCGUUCCGCACGCAAUCUCCGAACCCGCCGCGCUCACCGCGGAGCAGGAGGAGGAGAUGGCCGCCAUGGCCAAGUGGGCGAAAGCCGAGGAGGGCAUGAGGCUGGUGCAGGAGCUCGAGUCGCACUCCGCGCAGCGAGACGACGCCAUCGCCAACCUCCAGAACAUGCUCAACGGCAUCGGUAAAACCACCGACGUCGCCGAGGCCGCCGCGCUCGCCGCUGCGCCCCCCGCGCCGCCCGUUCCCCCGACCGGCGUCCCCCCGCACGCCCCCGCAGCGAACAACAUCGUCCCCGACAUGAUGCCGACGCCGUCGCCCGUGGCCGCCGUUCCCGUCGCGCCGCCGCCCGCUCCUCCCCCCGUCGCGCCGCCGCCGCUCGCGACACCCCCCGAGCAGCACGCAUCUGCGACGCCGCCCCCUUCGGAGGGCGACGCCGGCGCGCUCGCGGCGCUCGCGCGCGGCGAGCUCCCCGCGUCGUUCCCGCCCCCGACCCUGGCCAAGAAGUUCGUGAUGCGCAAAUUCGGCGACGGCGACGCGCCGGGACCGUCCGAUCCCGUCGCGCCCGCGGCGGCCGUCUCCUCUCCGACGAGUGCGACGGACGUUGACGGCGUCUCCUCUCCGACGAGCGAAGUCGUGUUCUACGAGUGCUCCGCCUGGCCCAAGGGCGAGGCGAGCGAGUGGCCGCGGGUCAAAGGGGAUACGUCGAGCCUGCCUGACGUGUACCCCGCCCAGGGUGCCGAGGACGACGCCGCGGUGAUCGAUUCGCUCGCCGCGAUGAAGGUGGCCGAGGCCGAGGCCGCCAUCCACGCCGGGACCACGCGUGGGAUCCCCGUGGUGCCCGUGGUGGACGAUCCGCGUACGUUGGAGAGGUCCGAUCCCUUCGCGGCGUUCCUGUCGCACGUGGACAAGGUGCUCGAGCGUAGCGAAAACGCCGGUUCUUUCGACGAGGACGACGAGACGAACGAGAUUGUCGUCGCGCCCGUCGAUCCCAUCGAGGAGGAGGCUCGAGCGUUCGCGGCGUCCAUCGCGCCCCCUCAUCCCGCACCAGCCGUCGAGUCCGCGCCCGAGAAGUUGGAGGAGCCCGACGUCGAGCCGCACCAGCCGGUUGUCGAGGAGGAUGUUCACGCGGAGCUCGCGCUCGCCAGGGAUCGUCUGGAAGCCGCCGAGGCUUUCGCGGAGACGCUCGCGCACGACAUGGAGCGGGCGUACGCGGAGAUGGCCGCCGCCAAGCAAGAGGCGGCUGCGGCCAAGAGGCUCGCCGAGUCCGCGACGUCCGCCCCCGAAAGAACCGCGCGGGUCAGCGAACUCCUCGACGAGCUCGAGCGCUGGCAGCUCGCGGCGGCCACCGCCGAGGCGGCGCUCGAGGAGGCCAAGAUGGAGCUCGAGGUGAUGACCGCCAGGGCGGCGGAGGAAGAGCUCUCAACUGACGACGUCAACGACGACGUCAUCGCCGAACUCGCCGCGGAGCUCCAAGCCGCGGAGGCCAAAGCCGCCAAAGCCGAGGCUGACGCCGACGAGCUCGACGCGCACCUGCGAAGGCUCGAGGAGGAACUCGUCGACGCGAAAAACGAAGCCAAGGCUGAGCUCGAGCGGACCAAGAACGACGCCAAGGCUGAGCUCGAGCGCGCCGAAGCCGCCGUGACCGAGCUCGAGCGCGAGCUGGAGACGGCCAACGCCAAGGUGCUGGAGACGGCCGAGAUUGAGAGCGAGGCGCUCGCCGCUUUGACCGCCGAGUUGGACGAGGCUCGAGCCAAGGCGGAGCGAACGGAGACGGAGAUGGACGCUCUCAAGAGGGCCACGACCGCCGAGUUGGACGCCGCGAGGGCCGAGAUCGCGGACGCCAGGGCCGAGAUUGACGCCGAGCGCGCCGCCAAGAGCGCGCUCGAGAAGGGACUCGAGGAGGCGCUCGCCGACGCCGAGGAGGAGAAGGCUCGCGCGCUCUCGUCGGCCGCUGACGAGCUCGAAGCCGCCAAGGCGCAAAAGGCGUCCGCGGAGCUCGAGAAGGACGGCGAGCUCGCGACGCUCAGGGCCGGUCUCGAGGAGGCGCGCGCGUUCGUCGCCGAGAAGGCUGCCGAGAUUGCCGCGCUCAAGGAGGAGGCGGCGUUCAACGCUCAGAAGAUGGCCUCGGACGAUUCCGCCCUCGCCGCCGCGAAAGAGGCGGAGAAGGCGGCGGAGACGAUCCAAGCCGCCGCCGAGCAGCUCCGCGAGGCCAAGGCCAACGCCGCGGACCUCGCGGCGCAGAUGGAGGCCAAGGACGAGGAGAUCACCGCGCUCAGGCUCGAGUGCGAGGACGUCAAGGCCCAGGCGAUGAACGCCGCCAGGGACGGCAGGGCGAGGAUCGACGCCCUCGAGGCGCGAGCCGCGGCGCUGGACGCGUGCCGCGAGACGGUGGAGGAGGUCAAGAUGCACGCGGCCGCGGCGGCGCUCUGCGCGGCGGUGGCGAUGCUGCCCAGGAUGCGCGAGGCGGGGAUCAUCCACGCGUGA